CACUAUGAUGCUCGCCUAGCUGUGAGGAGCUUCUUGUGCCCGGCUCCCCUUGUGUGCGUAAAACUUUCUAAUGAAAUCCCAAAUUUAUUUUUGACCAAUUUAGAAUUCGUUCUACUUAGGGUCAAGAGGGAUUCAAGACACUCAAAGAACUUUCCCUGCUAAAGAAAACUCAGAAUCAUGGAGCCCAUUUCUACAGCGGGAGGGGCUGAGGAAGAGCACCAUGGAAACUACUCACCAAAUCCAUCUGCAGAGGCGCCGCCUGGAAAGCACGCAGUGUCAGAGGCCUUGGAAGAGGUGCAGGAGGAGUUGAUAGAACAUCAACCUCUGGAGCAGGAAGACCUGAACUUUGAGAAAUGGAAGCCCAAGCCCAAACCUAAGAGAACGCUCCACGAGAAAGCAGGCGAUGUGAAGACAUAUCUAUGGAAUGCAGAAACCAGAGAGUUCAUGGGCCGCACUGGGCAUAGCUGGUUUCUGAUCAUCCUCUUCUACACGGCACUGUAUGCAUUCCUGGCGGCCAUGUUUGGUGCCUGUAUGUGGUGCCUCAUGCUGUCUAUCAGCCCCUACCAUCCAACCCACAACGACAGGGUGAUGCCACCAGGUAUGACGAUGUCCCCACAACUGGAUGGGCACUAUGAGAUCGCCUUCAAUGCAUCUGACCGCAAGUCUUGGAAGAAGUAUGCAAAGCUAAUGGAAGAACAACUAAGACCAUACAAUGACGCCGUACAGGAGCAGAGGAACAUCCAGUGUCCGCAGGACGCGUACUUCAUGCAGGAUGAACAAGGGGAAAGCGCAGAGAGGAAGGCGUGCCAGUUCAAGAGGUCCUGGCUGGGCGAGUGCUCGGGGCUCCAGGACCCCCACUUUGGAUUCUCCCAGGGGAAACCCUGCAUCCUCCUCCGAAUGAACCGGAUACUAGGCUAUUUACCUGGCCAUGGCACUCCCGUAAACGUGACCUGUGGAGUCAAGAAAGGUGUGCCAGAAAGCUUAGGAGAACUUCAGUUCUUCCCAAAAAGCAUUUUCAACCUGAUGUACUACCCUUACUAUGGGAAGCUGAGACAUGUAAACUACACAGCACCGGUGGUGGCCGUGCGUUUCAAUGGGCUGCAAUAUGACACCCACAUUGUUGUAAAAUGCAAACUCAAUGGCAAGGGCAUCAUCAAUGAUUCGCCUACCGAUCGCUUCCUAGGCAGUGUGUCCUUCUCCUUCGAUGUGGGCGCAUAGUAGUAUUCCCCAUGCUGAAUGCUGUCCCCAUGACAACCAGGAGACAAGAGAAUAUAGGAAAAAAUCUCAUAAUGUUGAAUCCUUGUUUUGCAUAAAAUAGUUGACCAGCUUCUCUCUUCUCCCAUUUCCUCAUGUACUCUUGUGCCUUUUGCUGAAAAAAGCAAUAAUUUGGAAUGUUAUAGGAUCAUAAGCACACACACACACGACACAGACAGCUCACCAAUAGUCUUGAGCACAAGCUAAGUAUAGAAACUGAAUAUUACCAUUGAAUACUUAGCUAGAUGAAUGCCACUAGCUAGGUUUAUGAAACACAAGGCAAUCUCACAGGUAGUUCGUCUCUGUAGCUAUGCAAUUUAUAAUUUAAGACAUUAUUAAUAGACAUAAAUACCCACUGUACAAUAAGGAUAUAAGAGGAACAUGUUAAGCACAUUUUGAUUUUAAAUCAAAUUGUGUACUAAUUUCUUUUGAGUUUGUACUUUUCAACAGCAUAUCUAUUGUGUUUUGUAGACUCCAAGGGCUACAAUAUGAAGAAUGGUGAAGGCAGGACACUUUUACUUACACAGUAAGAUAAACAGUAAAUGACUAGGUUACAUUUCAGGUUUUACAUAGUAAGCUAAACAGUAAAUGACUAGGUUAAAUUUCAAUAAGAUAAACAGUAAAUGACUAGGUUAAAUUUCAAUAAGAUAAACAGUAAAUGACUAGGUUACAUUUCAAUAAGAUAAACAGUAAAUGACUAGGUUACAUUUCAGGUUUUACAUAGUAAGCUAAACAGUAAAUGACUAGGUUACAUUUCAGUAAGAUAAACAGUAAAUGACUAGGUUACAUUUCAGUAAGAUAAACAGUAAAUGACUAGGUUAAAUUUCAAUAAGAUAAACAGUAAAUGACUAGGUUACAUUUCAGUAAGAUAAACAGUAAAUGACUAGGUUACAUUUUAGUAAGAUAAACAGUAAAUGACUAGGUUACAUUUCAGUAAGAUAAACAGUAAAUGACUAGGUUACAUUUCAGUAAGAUAAACAGUAAAUGACUAGGUUACAUUUCA